CUACCACCAAAAAACCCUCUGCUUCUCCACUCCAGUCGAGUUCUUUGCUUGUUCCGGUGUGGGGACAUGGCGUUUCCUAGCUUGUUCUCCUUCGUCACCCUUUUGAUCAUGUUCGGAGUCGCUCAUGGAGGUGAUGGUGGAUGGAUCGACGCACACGCUACCUUCUAUGGAGGUGGUGAUGCUUCUGGGACGAUGGGAGGGGCAUGUGGUUAUGGUAAUCUCUACGACCAAGGGUAUGGCACCGAGAGCGCUGCACUGAGCACGGCUCUGUUCAACAACGGGCAGAGCUGCGGUGCGUGCUUCGAGAUCAAAUGCGCGGGCGGGCAGUGGUGCCUCAAGGGUUCGAUCGUCAUUACCGCCACUAACUUCUGCCCUCCAAACAACGCGCUUCCCAACGACGAUGGAGGGUGGUGCAAUCCGCCCCGGCACCACUUUGAUCUCUCUCAGCCCGUCUUCGAGAAGAUCGCACAGUAUAAAGCAGGCAUCGUCCCAGUCCAAUACAAAAGGGUCUCCUGUGUGAAGAAGGGAGGAAUCAGAUUCACCAUUAAUGGUCACUCCUACUUCAAUCUGGUUCUGAUCACCAACGUCGGGGGUGCGGGAGACGUGGUGGCCGUGUCAGUGAAAGGGUCAAGAACCGGGUGGCAGCCGAUGAGCCGCAACUGGGGCCAAAACUGGCAGAGCAGCAGCAACCUCGACGGCGAGUCCCUCUCUUUCAGCGUCACCACCAGCGACGGCCUCUCCGUCACCUCGAUGGACGUCGCGCCACCGAACUGGAGCUUCGGGCAGACGUAUUUGGGAGGCCAGUUCUGAACGCUUCCAUAACUCCAAACCAGCUCCAGCUUCCUCUUGCUUCCAGUAGCACGCAGUUCGAUCAAGUCUUAUAGCUAGCAGCACAAAUUGGGUCAUGGGAGGGGCCUCUCUUUUGAAUGGCCCUCGUCAUUGAUGACCUUGCACUUGCUGAUUUCCUCGUUCUCUUUUCUUCGUUUCUUUUUCCUUCUUCGUUUAUUGGCAUUCUCUUCUGCCAUCCGAGCCUCAUUGGAGUGGCAGAAGAGAGCAUCAUCAGAAUGGUGGGCGAGGAGGAAGGCUGAGGUGAACAAAGGAGGAUGAUCACCCGCCCAUGAAUUCUGUCCUUUGUCAUGUAAUAUUCUGUCUCUGUGGAACGGUGAGUGUAAUCAGUAUAUAUAUUACAUAUAUAUAUUAUCUAUAUAUAUAUAUAAAAUAUAUUUUGACAAGGGAACUUUGCCUGAGAAUAUAUAUAUAUAUAUAUACAUAUAUACAUAUAUACAUAUAUAUAUAUACAUAUAUAUAUAUAUACAUACAUAUAUAUAUAUACAUAUAUAUAUAUAUAUAUACAUAUAUAUAUAGUAUUUAGGAACUGUACCCGACUCGGUACCACAACGGAUCUAAAUUUUGAAUACCUAUACCCGAAAAUGUCGGUUUCGGAUUCGGAUCGGUUUUUGGGGCUCAGUUGAUGUCUGUUAUAUCGCCCGUGGCUGAGGUGUCCCGCAAAACCGCAACCGGCGGUCUCAUUAGGGCGCCUGCUCCACGGCAGCGAUAGCAGAUCCUCCGAAGCCGACGUCUAACUAGCGGCGCGUCGACGUUGGAUGGUCUUCUUGGAUCGUCGGAGAGCACCCGCCGCCGAGAAAAGCGCCUCUAGGAGAUGGUGUUUCUACCCCGCGCUCCCAAGAUCUUCAAGCAAUGGGUUGUCCUCCUUCCUUUGUCAUGCAGAAGUAGUGUUUUGGGGUUCUCGUUGGUGUUUCUGGAUCAGAGAACCGAGAACGCGAUGAUGGUUAGAAUGCUUUCUUCCGUUUUCUUCCGAUGUUGAUUGCUUCACAGAACUUGUAGUACUGAAAUUUGCUAUUCAGCAUGGAUGCCCACUUUGCUGCAUCUCUAAUGUCUACCACGCCUCUCCCCAAUCCAGCAUUACAGUUAUACCGCUCGAUAAAGCAUGGAUGUUAGCUUUACAUAUGUCUAAUCAUGUUUUCUCCUUGCUAAUUAUAUUGUUGAUGUUCUUAUGUGAUGAUAACAUCCACAAUUUUUUUCUGCUUCACAGAACA